AUGCAACACCGACAUCCAUCACUGUUAUUACUACUUUUAUCAUUCCUGCUCCUUGUAUCAUCCAUAUCUACGUCUUCUUCGUCUUCCGAUGCCUAUCAUUAUCGAAUUGGAACCGGCAAAGGAGAUAUGACCGGCCCUGUGAGUGAAGUCACCUUUAUGGGCUAUGCCGAAUGGUCGCAGGUCGGCCAAGGAUUAUUACAACGAAUCUAUGCACGAGCCUUCAUUAUUCACGAUGACGAGUCAACAAAGAAACGAGUCGUCUUUGUCAAUACCGAUACACAAUCGAUGGGCGACAUUGUAAAGAAACGGGUGGUGCAACAACUUCAAGCCAUGUAUGGUCCCACGUUAUACACAGCUGAUAAUGUCAUGCUCUCCAGCACACACACGCAUAGCAGCAUGGGUGGAUAUCUCCAAUACACUCUGUUUCAGAUAUCAGUCAAGGGAUGGCUUGAAGAAACAACGCAACCCAUGGUGGAUGGCAUCGUUCGUGCUAUUGUACAAGCUCACAAUAAUCUGGAACGUGGCUCUUUGACGACCAAUGUGGGUGAAUUAUUGGAUGCAAACAUCAAUCGAUCGCCCAAAGCCUAUCUCCUCAACCCUGAAGAAGAACGUGCACACUACAAUUAUGAUGUCGACAAAGAUAUGACGUUGCUCGGAUUUCAUGCUGAUGAUGAUGGCAGUAAUUCACCCAUGGGAUUUAUCAACUGGUUUGCUGUACAUGGAACAUCCGUCAAUGCAAGCAACAAGCUGGUGAAUGGAGACAACAAGGGAUAUGCUGCCUAUGCUGCUGAGCAUCAUUUUAAGAACAACUUUGUCGCUGGAUUUGCUCAAGCCAAUGAAGGAGAUGUGAGCCCCAAUACAGAAGGUGCCUUUUGCAGCGGCACUGAUAUUCCAUGUGAUGGAUCGCUUGAUACUCAAUGUCCUGGAUCAUCUAAAUGCUUUGGAAGGGGUCCCGGAUGGAAAAUCAGUGACUAUGAAUCAAACCGUAUCAUUGGUCAACGUCAAGCCGAUCUUGCCAUUGAACUUUUGGAGAAGGCGGAUCGCAUGGUACAAGGCCCUGUUGACUUUCGACAAAAGUAUUGGGACAUUACAAAGACAAUUAUCAAAAAGAGAGAUGGGACACUCGGCUCGCCUUGUCCUGCUGCCAUUGGUUACGGAUUUGCUGCUGGAACAACGGAUAAUCCUGCUAUUAAUGGCAUCUAUCAGAAUAUGACGCAUGGAACCUUUUUCUGGGAUACGCUCAAGAACAUUGUCAAACGCCCAAGCAAACAGCAAGUAGAAUGUCAUGCACCGAAAGCGAUUAUCUUGGAUACGGGAGAGAUGCAUUUACCGUAUACAUGGCAACCACAUAUCCUUGAUGUUCAGCUUUUCAGAAUCGGCAACUUUUAUAUUGCAGCUGUGCCCUCCGAAUUUACGACAAUGAGCGGGAGAAGAUUGAGGAAUGCGAUCAAGAAUAAAUUGGUCGAAUAUGGUAUUGGCGAUAAUGAAACGACCGUUGUCUUGUCUGGGCCAGCGAACGGAUAUGCUUCCUAUGUCACGACGUUUGAAGAAUAUCAAAUGCAGCGUUUUGAAGGAGGAGGGACUGCCUAUGGCCCUUAUACUUUGGAUGCGUACAUUCAAGUCUUUGAAGAACUUGCCACUUCGAUUGCUACGGAUACACCCAUCACCCAUUCUGAAGAAUUAUUUGAUUACACCUCCAAAGCAUUCAGCCUCUUGUUAAGUGCCAGUGCAGAUAUUGCUCCUAUGGGUCGUCAAUUUGGUGAUGUUAUCAAGGAUGUAAAGACCAUCCAGCAACACGAUCCUCCGUUGAUGACGCUUGAUGGAACAGCCGAUACCACCGUUGCUGCCACAUUUGUUGCCGGGAAUCCAAGACACGACGUGAUGGCUGAAAAGACAUACUUGACAGUAGAAAGGCAGAUGGAUGAUGGUCAAUGGGAGGUGGUACGAACGGAUCAUGAUUACGACACCCGGUUCCGAUGGAGGUAUACGAGCCGUUUUGUGACACAAUCAGAGGCCACUAUUGAAUGGGAUAUUGGUAAAAACGUACCAGCUGGCAUCUAUCGUCUUGGUUAUUUUGGACACCAUAAGGAAUUCUUUUCGAGGAAAAUUGUUCCUCAUCAAGGCUACUCGAGUGAAUUUACGGUUCAAGGACAUGUGGAUGCUAUUCAUGGCGAUACCUAUUGUCAACCCGAAGAACAAGACGUGGAUGGAUGCGUUGGCAACAAUGGUGGACGUGUUGAUACAACACCUGCUUUCCGAUACAUGACUCCCUUUGUGAUGGAUUUUCAUUAUGCCGACAAAUCAUAG